UGAAACGUAGACGGUUUUUUCCCUCUUCACGGAAGAGAGCGGAGGAUCGGUGUCCAGAAACCUCCGCGACGGAGCGACGGACAGAGGAGGACGCACCGGAGCACAGCCCGACAGGAGGCGAUCCAUCCCGGGGACAAAGCAGGGAGAGCCGCAUCUGUUGCAGGAGGAAGAGGAGGAAGAGGAGGAAGAGGAGGAGGACUGCAGGACAGUGUGUGAGACAGAAAUGGGACUGAGGCUCUCCUGAGAGGAAGAGAAGAGCAGCGGACCUGAAGGAGAACAGUCACCGGGCUCCGACAUGGCCCACGUAGGCAACGGAGCGACCGCAGAGGAGGAGGACUGCUUUGAAGAUGCCUACGACCGAAUACCUGCGGCGUGUCAGAUGGACCUGCAGACCGCCAUCCAGGAGACUCAGUGUGCUCUCAAUCUGGUCCUCAACAACAAGUUCUCUGAAGCCCUGGACCUCCUCAAACCAUGGUGGAGGGACAGUAUGUACCAUGCGUUGGGUUACAGCAGCAUACUGGUGAUGCAGGCGACGAUGACCUUCGAACACAGGGACAUCCAGGCUGCCAUGGCAACCAUCAAGGAGGCGCUACAUACCUGUCAGAGGUUCAGGAAGAAGAACUCAGUAGUCGGAUCUCUGUCCAGUCUGAUCAGCAAGCAGUCCAACCUGCAGGAAGAGGAGAUGCACGCAGAGAUCUGCUACGCCGAGUGUCUGCUGCAGAAAGCCACGUUGACGUUUGUACAGGAUGAAAACAUGAUCAGUUUUAUUAAAGGAGGCAUCAAGAUUCGAACAAGCUACCAAAUCUACAAGGAUUGUCAGAAUGUGCUGAACGUCACUCAGGACCCGACCAGCCAGUCAGAUUCAUUCAAACAGUUUGAGGGCGGAGUCAGGCUGGGCAUUGGAUCCUUCAACCUGAUGUUAUCUCUCCUCCCUCAGAGGAUUCUGAGGUUGUUGGAGUUCAUCGGAUUCUCAGGAAACAGGGGGUUUGGUUUGUCUCAGCUGAGAGAGGGAGCCUCCAGCCACAGUCUGCGGUCGAUCCUCUGCGCUCUGACUCUGCUCUUCUACAACACAUACGUGUCACUGAUACUCGGAACUGGAGAGGGGAACCUGGUGGAGGCUGAAGCUCUGCUGGAGCCGUACCAACAAAAAUACCCCAAAGGCUCCAUCAUUCUCUUCUACUCAGCUCGUAUCUCCGCACUGCGAGGAAACUUCGAGAAGGCGCGGGCGAAGUACGAGGAGUGUAUCAGCAGCCAGCAGGAGUGGAAGCAGAUUCACCACCUGUGUUACUGGGAGCUGAUGUGGACUCACUCCUACCAGCAGGAGUGGCAGCAGGCGUACCACUACGCUGACCUGCUGUGUAAGGAGAGCCGCUGGUCCAAGGCUAUCUAUGUUUACCAGAAGGCGGCCAUCCUCAGUAUGAUGUCACAGGAGGAAGUGAAGAAGACAGGGGAGGACAUCAUGGAGCUCUUCAGGCAGGUGGAGGGGCUGAAACAGCGCCUGGCAGGGAAGUCGAUCCCGACGGAGAAAUUUGCAGUGAGGAAGUCCAGACGCUACAAAGCUGCUAACCCCGUCCCCCUGGUCAUCCCUGCACUGGAGAUGAUGUACGUUUGGAACGGUUUCACCAUCGUCGGAAAAAGAGCCGACAGCACCGAGGCCCUGCUGGUUACCAUAGAGAAGGCUGAAGAGCAGCUUCGCAAUGACCCCAAUCCGUCAGAGUUUCAUCCCGACGACAGCUGCCUGGUCCAGAUGUUGAAGGGACUCAGUCUCAAACACCUGGGCAGGUUAUUGCAGGCUGAGCUGUGCUUCACGCAGGUCCUGUCCAGUGAGAACCGUAUCAGAUACGAUCACUACCUGAUUCCCUUCACUCUCUAUGAGUUGGGUCUGCUGUAUAAACAACAGGGAGACUUCACCAAGGCCACCACGUACAUCGAAAAUGCCAAGAUGAACUACAAGGACUACUCCAUGGAGUCCAGACUGCACUUCAGGAUCCACGCGGCCCUCAACAGCCUCAAAGGAUCACCUGUCAGCACCCCAUAAUACUCUACGAUAACUCAGACGGCAGCUGGAAACAUCAGUGUAUGAAUCAUGAAUCCAGGGAUCUCCUCUCUCACUCAGCUGAAGUAAAGCGCCCCUCAGUGAAGAAGCUUGAAGGUGUCGGGCAUUCAUUGUCCACCAGGACUCUCCUCUCCUCAUUGCUAGCAGCCUUAUCUUCUAUUUAAAUGUUUCCUUAUUUAUUUUUUCACAGUGUGCAGACAGAUGAGAUUAUUUAAGCGCCUCCUCUCAAACAGGCUCGGGCUUCCCGUCAGCUAAUACACAGCUUUAAUUUGCAGACGCAGCGCCAUGGUUCAACGCCAAAUGUCAACUUAAUCAACACGCUAAGAGUUAAUGAUCCUUGAUCGUCCGUAAGGAGACGAUAAGACACGAGGAGCUUCACUCAGAGGGCUCGUUCACUCAGAGACGCUUCAGGAGACGACAGCUGCUCUUUGAUAUAAAAGCACAAGAUAGGAGGUUUUAGAAAAGACGCAGCAGGAUCGGCCGUCACACCGAGACGGGAAACUAGCAAGCGAGGAGAGAUCUGGUGAAACCAACCUGACAGAUGUUUAACUGAUCACUGUUCACCUCCUGCGGCUUCUGUCUGAACGAGCCCUAAAAUUAAAAACUGACAUCUAAACUACCAAACAAGUCAUGGCCUUAAACUGCUUCUGGUUUUGUAUGCGCUCAGUAAACUGUAUAUUUUUAGGACAGAAUCAAAAACACUGACAGAUGAGUGUGAGGAGCAGGAAGAGACGUGUGUGUGUAGGAACACACAGUGUAUAUAUGUAUAUAUAUAUAUAUAUAUAUAUAUAUAUAUAUAUAUAUAUACAUAUAUAUAUAUAUAUAUAUAUAUAUAUAUAUAUAUAUAUAUAUAUACAUAUACAUAUAUAUAUGCUUUAUUCUUUCUUUACUUUGCCUUUUUCUUUAUGAUUUUAUAAUAAUACAUCACACCACACGUGCACACAGACGUGCACACGCAAUCACAGCCUUCUCACCAACCGUGGCUUAUCCAAACACACACACAACAUGAUACACUCAUUCCAAGCUUGCACAUACUGGGCAAUACGCACAUUUAAAAGAGAAGCAAACAGCUGUAAACGCACACAUUUAGCAGCAAUAUGACUCCGUGCUGUUGGUCAGUGUGUCCGUGUGUGUCCAUGUUUGCACCGUCAGCUGUUUUAUUUCUGUCUCAUUCUUUGAGAGAGAUUUUCUUUGCCUCUGAUAAACGUUUGCACAACUCAAACUACACUCACUCCACAUUGACUCAACCUUCUGUUGACGGAAUACUGAACAUUCAUCUCAACAGUCGUCGUCGAGCUGCUGACGUCCAGACUGUGGGAGACGGAUGGCUUCAGGGAGAUGGCCUGUUUUUUGUUUUUUUAAGUUGUAUUUUAUUAUUUACGAUAAAUUCUAUAGAUCAACAACAAACAUGAAGAGCAGUUACUUUAGUGUCUGUUUAUGGACGUAGACAUUUUUAAAAAGCACAAUCAACACCGUGGAUACGGUUCACUUCUCAUUUGGUUUCACAUAGUUUGAUACUAUUUACUUUUACGUCAGCACAGUCUCACGAUGCGUGAAAUGGACACAAAGUUUUAAGAACGCAUUAAGUGGUGGUGGGCAGGAAAUGUGAAUAUCACGUGCUGGCAACAUGAGAACGAUGUCAGUGUGAGUUCUUUUACGAAUGAAGAAAACACUUGGUUAGAUUUAGGGAACAAAAAAUACUUUGUUUUGUUUAGUUUAGAAAAAAAGAUCAUUUCAGUUAAAAUAACUACGUACAGGAUGUAAGUGACAUAAACGUGUGUAUUUUGCAUAGUUACCAAUGAUUAUACUUUACAAAGAUAGACGACACGUCUUCACUUCCUCCCAGGGUAUAAAACAUAAUCCAAAAUAUUCCAGAUAUGGCUGCAGCCAUCUGACGUCAUUUGGAGCCAGAAUCGGCACGGUGGUGUCAAGUCAUCGCCGUCCAGCCAACACCGACUGGCACAGGCAGCUGUAGGGCUGAGCAAUAUGGAGAAAAUCAAAUAUCAUGAUAUGUUUAACCAAACACCUCGAUAUCAAUAUGGCAACAACAUUGUAGGGUUGACUGUUGGUGCUCUGACCAAAUAUUUAAACAAUGAGAUUUUAAUAGAGAUAAAUAACCAUCAGUAAUAUGGAUGCAAUGACUGAGUCAGUAAAGGCAGAUAAUAGAACGGCUACAACAGUUUGAUGAGUUCAGAAAAUUACAUCACUUUACUUAAAUGGAGCCUUGCCACAUUUAAAAAGACAUCUCGUGAUAUACUAUCAAUAUGUUGCCCAGUUGAUGAUCAGUUAUAACAUCAGACCUCCUCUUUAUACCAUCAAAUAACUCAAAACAUCAGUGUGAUAAGAAUUAUGUUUUGAUCCUUUAGUUUGGCUCAUGUCCCGUCCACUAACACGGAGGGAGCAGGGUUUAUGACCUGUACUGCAGCCAGCCACCAGGGGGCGAUCCAGAUAUUUUGGCUUCACUUUUGGGGAGCUGUCAUGUCGUUCAUCUUUAUAAACAGCCUGUUUUAGUUACAUAAAGUACUCACGUACACUUUACAUAAUUACGUAAAGUCCGUAAAGUUAUGUAAUGUUGACUUUUGGUUUCACACAGGACACGAGCAGAAGUCUCCUGGGUGAAAGUCCAUGUUUGUGUGACCCAUCCACCACACUGCCCACUCACCCUGCGCCGACUGUCCCAUUUUUUCCAUUUGACUUUUUCCACGUGACUCCAACACGUUAGGCGCCCACCACCAGGUUAUGCAUUAUUAAGACUUUGUUUCCAUUAAAAGUCUUUCUAUGAGACUGUGUUGGUUACAUACAUGAUAUAUUACCUCAAUAAAUAUUUAGUGUAUGUCAGACUCAAACGGUACGUUAGUUUAUAGCAGCUGGAUUUGUGGCUUUGAAAGAUGAAAAUGCUUUUAUCUCCAAAAAGGCAGAACAAGUUUCCCCUUUAAACAUUAAAUAUUGAACUCAGUACAUCAGAUAAAACAGUGUCACAUUGAUUGGAGGAGUUUUGUCAGUCAGUCCCAAACAGCAGCAGAGUUCUCUUAAUUUCAUCUUUGCUCUAUUUCAAACAUCCGGAGCAAAGGACGCACUUGUCCUUGGAGUUGUGUCCAACUUGAAUCAAUGAGUGGUAACAAUUAGCCUUCUCCCUAUAACGAAUGUAUCAACCGAAAGACCAAAUUACAUACGUGUGUCUUGCUGUACAUGUCUUUUGUUUUUCACGUGUACUUUGUGCCUGUUGGGGUGUGAUCUUUCUUUGUGUGUUUGUGUGAUCUGAAACUUCCGAACAACUGAAUUCGCCAAGUACAGAAAACAUUCAUUUGUGGUAAAGUAGAUAAAAGACCGGAGUCGUCCGUCUGAAAGAGAUGUGGCAAUAAAUGUGUUGACGUCCCAGUAGUGCCCCAUACUGCAGGACGAUGCUCGAUCAACUGCUAAUGCUAGAAAACUGCCGGUGGCUAACGCUGCUAGUUAAACAAGGUUUUGAACAAAAUUUGACUCAGUGAAUAUUUUAGAUAACGCACCAACCAUUCACGUCAUCGGUUUGCUAUUACGUGAUUGAUUUAACAAGCUGUGGCAUCUUAGCAUCGCACCCUUAGCUUGUGCUACAGUAUUAGCAUGUUGCCUGCAAAAUAAUAUGCUAAUAUAUUGUGCCUACUAGCAUAGAAUAUUUUAAAAUGUUAGCAUUAGCUCUUGACGUGUUUGCUACAUGUGUGCAUAAUGCUAGCUCAUGUGUUAUCAUUACAUUCGAGUCACAGAGCUAACGUCUGUUUUUCUGGAGGACAGAUCUCUUUCAUUUAAUGACCCUUAGCACAGGUUCAAAGGUGUGUCCAAAUCCUCAAGGAAGUAAGAAAAAUAUUCUGCUCACUGUGCGAUAAUAAAGAUUAUUAACCUCUCGUUAUCCAAACAAAGAUGGUAGCUGGAAGUCCUUGCUUAUUUUUACACAUUAUUGUGUAUUAAAAAAAUUAAAGAAAUUGCAACCCAGAAUAAAUGUUGGCUUUACCCCAAAAACACUCACUGGUCUCAAGUCCCGGUUUUACAAAACUAACGCUACACUCCUGCUUUAAGACAAACCAUAUCACCAGAAAUUUUUUUUCCUCAUUUUACGUUUCUGUAAACCACAAAUUUGUUACAUUGUGGUGAGGUUUAGGCACAAAAACAACUCGGUUAUGAUGUGGAAAAGAUCAUGUUUUGGCUUAAACCACUCAAGUGUGGUGGCACAACAGUCACUGGAAAAGCAGGGACAGGGCGGUAAAAAUACACCCGGGUUCAGUGGCUCAGACCCUGCUGGGAAAUGCUGCAAAUAGUUGGUAAAAACAACCGGGACAGGUGGCUCAAACACCCCUGAGAAAUGCUGCAAAUGCUCGGUACUAACACCUGGGACAGGUGGCUCAAACGCUACAAACAGUCAGUAAAACACCCGGGAUCAGUGGCUUAAACAUCCCUGAGGAAUACUGCAAAUGGUCAGUGAAUUCACCCAGGGUAGAUCAGGCUCAAACGCCACCAAUAGUCUAAGAACACACAGGACAGGUGGCUUAAACGGUGCUAAGAAAUGCCACGAAGGGUGGGUGGGAACCAGUGGGAUUGGUAGCUCAAACGCCGCGGAGAAAUGUUAUGAAUAGUCGAUGGAAAACACUGAGAUUCAGUGGCUCAAACGCUGCAGAGAAACUCUGGAAAUAGUCAGUAAAAACACCCGAGACAGGCAGCUCAAACACCACAAAUAGUCGGUAAACACAGUCUGGAUCAGUGGCUUAAUCGCUGUUGAGAAAUGCUGCUAAUACUCGAUAAAAACAAUCAGGACAGGUGCUGCAAAUGGUCAGUAAAAACACCCGGGAUCAGUGGCUUAAAUGCUGCCAAGAAACGCCAUGAAGGGUGGGUGAAAAACAAGCAGGAUCUGUGACUCAAAUGCUGCCGAGAGAUGGCACAAACAGCACAAACAGACCGGCUUCUAUGGCUAAAACGCGGCUAAAAAACGGCACCAACGAUCGAUGAAAAACACCUUUUGUCUGCAGCUAAAACUUCGCCUCAAAGGGUCGGUCGAAACACCGAGGCUCGGUGGCUCAAAUGCUGCUGGCAAACUGAAACUGACUGCAUGGAGUGUUUGUAUUUUCUGCCAAACAACGCAAGGAAUUUUCAGACUAACCAGGCUACGUAAAUUUGGGCUGUCCAAACGUCACUUUAGGGACGUUGAUUGGAUUUCGUACAAAACAUACAAAUGUGAUGUAUCCAUGGCAACCCUUUCUUCUGGUGACAGGGCUGUAAAGAAAGGAGAGUAGCAUUAUUGUAGCUGCCUCUAAAACUUCUACAUUUUCCUCCACGUCAUACGAAUCAGACGAGGUAAAGAUUCUUUGACUUCUGGCUGAUGUCUUUGUUGGACGAAGACGUAGAGUCGUAAUUUAAUAAAUCUGAUAAACAGCGGACGGAAUAUUUUGGAUCCAGAUAGUCUGACAGAUAGUGUUUUUAAAUGACCCUCAAGGAUUUGUCCUCCAGGUGUGACCGAUCCACUUUAAAGAUUUCAUCAUCGUCACUCUAAAGAUUUAAAGUUUUGGAUGUUUUGGUGUCUUUUGUCACGGCCUUUCUCUGUGGAAGGCUUUGGUUCAGCUGUUCAUGUCGGUGCCUCUGUGCGUCUCUGUUAAACUGUAUGAACUCUCUUUUCUGUAUGAUAUGCAUUGCAUGUUUUUCUUUAUUAUGUUUAAUCUUUAUUUUCUAAUAUAAGACAUGACUGUAUGUGCUUUAUGGCAGGAAGUGAUAUGACCCUAUAUUACAGGCUUUAUGGUUCCAGGUGGUGAUCGACAUGGUGCAAUAAACUGAAAACAGAAGGAUAA